UAAACACACAGAAAUCUGUUCCCCCCAACUUCUCACACACAAUGCUAGGUACACUGGUUCUGCUGUGGCUUGGGAUCUUUCUCUUCCUCCUUUUCAUUACGAUGAGAAGACCCAAAAACUUCCCUCCCGGACCAACACCUCUCCCUCUCUUCGGCAACCUGCUGCAGUUUAACCCGAAUGCUCCGCUAAAGGAGCUGGACAAGUUGUCCCAGCGUUAUGGGUCUGUGUUCAGUAUUUUUGUCGGUGGACGGCCCUGGGUGAUUUUGUCUGGACAGGAGGUGAUCAGAGAGGCCCUGGUCACAAGAGCAGCAGAAUUCACAGGGCGACCAGAUCAGCUGAUGGUCAGUCACAUUUUGGACAACAAUGGUGUGAUUAUGUCAGCUGGUAGUAAGUGGCGUGAACACCGGCGUUUUGCUCUGACCACACUGAGGAACUUUGGCCUUGGGAAACAUAGUAUGGAGGAGAGAAUCCUGGAGGAGGUCAAACACAUCUGUGAACGUUUGGAAAGACAUGCAGCUUUUCCGUCAGGGAUGUCAAUGGACCCCCAGAACCUCUUCCACAAUGCUGCCUCCAACAUCAUCUGUUCCAUCAUUUUUGGCUCACGCUUCAACUAUGAGGAUGAUUAUUUCCAGACACUCAUCGACAGAAUGCAGGAAUUUAACAAGAUUGUGAUUAGUCCCUGGGCCAUGAUCUAUGACAUUAUACCUCCUGUGAGAUGCCUCCCUCUGCCUUUUAGAAAAGCUUUUGAACACUAUGAAAAACUCAGAGCACAUAUUCUGAAAGUUGUUGCAGAGCACAAGAAUUCCUGGGUUGCUGGGAAGCCCAGAGACAUGAUCGACUAUUACCUGGACGAGAUGUUGAAGAGGGCAGGCCAAGGUCUGUCAUUUGAUGACACUCAGAUGGUGGCCCUGCUCUUUGAUCUCUUCCUGGCUGGAACUGACACAACAUCCAACACACUUCGUACACUGUCUCUCUACCUGAUGACCCACGAACAAAUACAGGAGCGCUGUCAGCAAGAGAUUGACAUGGUGCUGGGCUCCCGUGAACAUGUUUCAUACGAGGACAGACACGCUAUGCCAUAUGUUCAGGCUGUGAUCCAUGAAGCUCAACGUGUCAGUGACGUUGCACCACUCGGUCUAUUUCACACAACCACAGCCAACACUCAGAUCCGGGGCUACAGCAUCCCAAAGGGUACUCUGAUUGUCCCCUAUCUGUCCUCUGCACUGAGAGAGAAGGGUCAAUGGAAAUUCCCUGAUGAGUUUAACCCACAAAACUUCCUGAAUGAUAAGGGGGAGUUUGUGAAGCCAGAUGCCUUCAUGCCCUUCUCUGCAGGGCCUCGUGUAUGUUUGGGUGAGGGGCUUGCUCGCAUGGAGCUCUUCCUUAUUUUAGUCACCAUCCUGCGGAGAUUCCGACUGGUAUGGCCCGAAGACGGAGGCGUGCCGGACCACAGCCUGAUAUUUGGAGGGACUCAGUCAGUCAAACCAUACUGUCUGGGAGUCCAACUCCGACUUUAGAGCGAAAUGGGACUACAAGGACUGCUUGAGAUCAAAACUGAUGUUCUUUGCAAAGUCAAAAUUCAUUUACAAGACAUACAACUCAUCUGUAUGCAGCUUGGAGUGUUUGUGAAAAGUGAUAUUGUUAGUCAAAGGCAUGAUGUUUCCUCCUUUGCUCUGUUGUUCUCCAUUGUAUGACUUGGAAGAAAAGAGAGAAUAUUUUUCA